AAGGUACACUAGUAUAUAUAUUUUGGUGAGGUAAUCAUUUAAAAGCAAAGUGUUAAUUUAGGAUAUGAUAGUGUUAGAAUGUUGAUAUAAAGGUGUAAAAGGACAUAAACUGGUACUAAAAUAUUUCACACUGUUCGAAUAUACCCUAUACGUUACGUCAUAUGUCUAUAUAUCACACUUUAGAGGGAAUACCAUGCAACAAAAUGGUUUCGCACAGGACAAAAUACAGAGAUGCUAAAUAUAUUUCUAAAACAGACCUAAUAGCAAUAUACAAAAGAAACAAUUUCUUCAAACAUCGUAUUUAUGACACAAGAGGCUUGUUUCGAUCAGAAUGGAAAAUUGUCAAGAAAACACAGCAUAUGAUUGUUCGUGAUAUUUGUGAAGCAUAUUCCAGUCAUUUGUAUACCAGUGGCAGUGAUGGCUCACCCCCUAUGCUAAAUAAGCGAACCCUAGACAGAGGGAGGAGCUUUUAAAUUGCACCGACUUGAAUUUUCAUGUAAAACAUAUCAUUAAUAAACUUCAAAUUUAUUGGCCCGGGGCUAACAAAACUAGUGCAAUAAAAGUUUAUGGUUAAACUCUUCUGUCCAGUUCAUAUUCAAAUGUCUCGCUAUGGCUAACUUUGUAAGAAACGAAUUUCCGCAGCAGGUUUCAACCGAUCAAGCUAGCCGAGACCGAAGUGAAAUUGCAUUUUCUAAUGGAGCAUCGUUCCCUUCGUUUUCUGCAACGGAUGGUUCUUUUGUAAAUACUGAACACCAUCUUGUAAGAAAUGGUUUCUUAGAUGCAACUGGGCAACAGCAAUUAGCAUAUACACAUUCCGUGGAAACAUCGAUAGCUACUCGAAGACCAGCGAGACCGGCAAGACAUCCCGAGUAUAUAGAUUACAGUCAAAGACUUAGAUCCUACGCUAGAUGGAUUCGUUCGAGUCCAGGUCCAGCCUGCCUUUGUGAAGCUGGCUUUUUCUUUACAAAUCAAGGUGAUUUGGUACGUUGUUUCCAAUGUGGUAUUGGUCUAAAAGAUUUCUCGGAAGGGGACGAUCCGCUACUGGAACAUGUACGAUAUUCCGGCGAUUGUCCAUACCUUCUUGAAUAUCUCGGAACUGCUGGGAUAUCGGCUAUAAAGACGAAGUGUCAGGCGAAGCAAGCAGAGGCUUCUGAACAACGAAGAUCAAGCGUGCAUUGUCGACAUCCUCAGUAUCAGACCUAUGAAGCCCGUGUUUCAUCCUUCGCUGGCUGGCCGAAUAAUCUAACUCAGAAACCGGAAGUGUUAGCAGAGUCUGGACUUUUCUACACUGGAUUUGAGGACCAUGUCCGCUGUUUCACGUGUGAUGGCGGGUUACGGCGCUGGGACGCAGAGGAUGAUCCUUGGACAGAGCAUUGCCGAUGGUUCCCGGCUUGUCAAUAUGCCAGGGAGAAGAAAGGCGAUGAAUUUAUUGCCCUUGUACAAGCUUCGACUGAGGAACCAGAAAACCUUACAAACGAGGAAGGUACUGGUAGUCAAGGUCUAGUACGUGCAAUUGAGCAGAUGACACUUAGAGAUCCAGCUCUGAAGGCUGUUCUAGAUGAACAUAAAAAUGCAUGUCUAGAGAUGGGAUAUGAGUUGGGAGACUUUAACGCAGCUGUGGAGGAUUUGAGAAACAUGGGUAUUAUCAGGCCAACACUAGAUGAGAUUCUUGACAUGGUGGAGGUUGUACAAGAGAGGAAACAAAGCCAGCAAAGAGCAGCUGAACUAGAACAGAGCCAUUUUGAAACGCCUCUUGAAGAAAACUUGCGUCUGAAAAGUUUUGUAAUCUGCAUGUCAUGUGGCAAAAACAACGUGAACACUUUGUUCAUUCCGUGCACGCAUCACCGUGUGUGCAUGGAAUGUGCAGAACCACUAACGGAGUGUCCAGUUUGUAGGAAAAACAUCAGACAGAAGAUUAGAACAUUCCUGGUGUAAAUUUCUUACUGUAUUGCGUCUAAGUAUAUCAAACCCAUAAUCAUCUGUUAUAAAACAUGUGAUUUUAAGAGGAACACAUACAGUGACCAGUUUUCGUGAAAAUGAGUAUAAAAAGAUGUACUGUCGCUAUAUAUUGCUGAGUAGUAAUUAUUCUAAAGCACAGUCAAUGGACAAAUUACGACGACUUUUCGUAAAAACACUGUGUAAUAUUUAAAGUUAGUAUGAUGUAGUAACGUUAUAUAUCACAGUGUGCCGUUAGUAUUGUUGUUAGCGGCGCUUUUGUUAUGUAUCUAUCAUGCAUGUUUGUAUAUAGAUCUAUGUACACGCAUUAGCUGUGCCUAAUUUGCCUUAAAUGCUUUUACAUGUAUGGCAUAUAUACAGAAUUACAAGAAACAUUUAAAAGCAUCGCAUAAACUACGCAAAUAAGAAGAUGAAACUAAUUAACUGAAAAGAAAUGUCAAUGUCUGCAGAGAUUUGCUCGAAAAAUAGUUGAGGGAAUUACCUCCUGCCCUAUAUCGCUUGUUAUUUGAAUUCAGAUAAAAACCGAAAACAGUGUGACCAGGAAGGAUCAGGCAAAUAUGUUGUGAGGUUGUUCUAUGUAUCUGUGAAUCUUAGAAUAGUCCGAGAUGAAAAAUGAUAUAUAACCCCGCACGUGUAUACCAGAAGCGUACAAGUCAGUGAAUAAAAUGUGUACACAUAACAUGUAAAUCACAAACAGAAACAAAAUACGUAUCACUGAAGGACUGAUAAAAUGAACGCAGUUUUCCAUUAUGAUUCUUCUUUCAAAUUGAAUGCAUAAACCUUUCUCAUUCGUUUUCGGAAAGG